UCGAGCAGCUUAAAAGCCAUCAUGUCGUUUGACGUUUCUCGUGCAGACGCAACAGUGUAAACACGUCGCAAAUUCGCGCCUACAUGUAUACGGUGCACCGUGGGUAACACGGAGGGCAAUCGACGAAAAUGACGAGAUCGUGAAUCAUCGACGAUCGAAUAAAGUGCAGCCGAGCGAAAUAUCCAUGGCCAUGGCGUCGCAUUUAUUUAGCGUAGGCGAUAUCGUCCAUCUCAAUGUCGGCGGUACGAGGUUCUCGACGUCGCGGCAGACCCUGUCUUGGAUUCCCGACUCGUUUUUUACCGCCCUACUGAGCAAUCGCAUAGCCAGCAGACGCGACGAGAGCGGAGCCCUAUUUAUAGAUCGGGACCCGAAGAUAUUCUCCGUCAUACUCAAUUACCUGCGCACCAAGGACAUCGACUUGACAGGUGUCAACAUUCGCACAUUGAAGCACGAGGCUGAGUUUUACGGCAUAACGCCUCUCGUUAAAAGACUGAUGCUCUGCGAAGAUCUGACUCAAUCUUCCUGCGGAGAUAUAUUGUUUUACGGCUCCUUGCCUGCGCCUAGCAUUCCUUUGCAAGAACCCGUUGCAGCAUCUACCAGUAUUACAGAUGUGUCUGUGCAUAACAGACCAAGUGGAUCAAAUGCAACACCUCCUCCCAGAUCUGAAGCCAACUCAAAUCAACCAAAUGUGUCAAAUCCUAAUAACCCAGCUCAGGCUGCUGCAAAUAAUCAUCGUGUACCACCUCGAGGACAUUCACAUUCUCGUACACCAUCCAUUGAUCUCAGACACGUAAGGAAUAGCUCUGCAGAUUUGAAUAAAAUGUUUAAAAACGAUGUUGGACUAGUAUUUAAUUCUCAAAAUGUUUCAAGUUGGGUGGAUCCACUUAGAGUUCAUAUCAUUAAGGCUCAUCAUAAUUGGAUUGCAAUAGCAUAUGCACAUUUUAUAACAUGUUACCGAUUAAAAGAUUCAUUUGGAUGGCAGCAUGUAUUUACUAGUCCACAUGUAGAAUCUGUGAUAGAACGAGUUGCUAUAAAUGCAAAAAUGGGAAUUGGAGCAGAUGGAAAAAUGGUUGCUAUCUCUUAUGGUAGCCAAGUUAGACUUUGGGGUGUCACAGAAGAUGGUAUCAAAUCUAACAUUGGUACAUUUAAUUUGAAUGUACGAGUAGAAUAUUUAUUCUUUAUUGGAAGCCAACUAGUUGCACUAUCACCUACUGGUAAAAUUGGUGUUUGGCAUGCAAUGACUCAUCACUGGCAAAUUCAAGAUGUAGUAUCAAUCUCGUCUUUUGAUACAGCUGGUUCUUUCCUAUUGUUGGGUUGCAACAAUGGCUCUAUAAAUUAUAUAGAUAUGCAGAAGUUUCCUUUAAGAAUGAAAGACAAUGAUCUUUUAGUAACUCAACUUUACAGAGAUCCAAGUCAAGAUCCUAUCACAGCGAUAUCUGUUUAUUUAACACCAAAAACAACACAAGGCCUCUGUGGAAAUUGGGUUGAAAUCGCUUACGGUACGAAGUCCGGUAGCGUCAGAGUCAUCGUUCAACAUCCGGAAACUGUUGGACACGGACCUCAACUUUUCCAAACGUUUACAGUGCAUCAAAGCAGUGUAACGAAGGUAACACUGUCAGAAAAGUAUUUGGUAUCUGUUUGCUCGGAGUACAAUCACGUGAGAACGUGGGCCGUGACGCGCUUCCGCGGUAUGAUCUCGACGCAGCCGGGCUCGACGCCCGAGGCGAGCUUCAAAAUCGUAUCUCUAGACGCGAUCGAGCCAUGCAUCAGUUACAACGCCGGCAAUGAUUUUGGCCCUUUUGGUGAGCAAGACGACGAGCAGGUCUUCGUUCAAAAGGUUGUACCGGAAACCGAUCAGUUGUUCGUGCGCUUGGCAUCAAACGGCAAACGCGUCUGCGUCAUUCAGUCGGUGGACGGCAGCGUCAUCACGUCCUUUUGCGUGCACGAGUGCGAAGGCUCGAGUCGUAUGGGCUCGCGGCCUCGUCGCUUCAUAUUUACCGGACACUCCAACGGCACUAUACAAAUGUGGGAUCUCACUACGGCGUUAGAUCCUUCUUUCAAUUCUACUGCUGCCAAAGAAUUUUCCGGAGGUCCUACCCCGGACGAGCUAUGGAAAUUAUUGGAUCAAUGCGACUUGAGCAAUAGCCAUUGCACGACACCAUGUAUCAGCCCAUCACCGUCUUUGAUUGCCUCUGGUCCGAGGAUCAAAGCGAGCAAUGUUUUAUUCCUUAAUCAAUCUCAAAAUAACACCGGUAUGUUCGGUGGACCUAGCCAAUCUUAAAAAUUAGCUCUUAUAAGUUUUAGUGCAUUUAAAUAAUUUAAUUUGUACAUAUGAAAAAAAAAAUUUCAAAAUAUAAGUUUGUCAAUGUCGCGUUCAUCGAAACACGCGAAAAAAAAUAUUUUACUAUUCUAAAAAAUUGUGAAACUUGCGAACGUAUAUAACAGAUGAAACUAGAUGAUUAAAUAUUGUUUUAUUUAUUGUUACGUUUGAUCUUCGUGAAAUGAUAUUGCGUGAUUGUUGACAAAAUCAUCAUUACUGUGAUUUGAAAAAAAAAUGUUUAUCAAAUUUUUAAUGAUAUUAUAAAU